AUGCCGUCUCCCAUCAUUCUUUUGGCUUCAUUGCCAGCUGCUCUUGCUGCGACUAUCUACGUGUCUCCGACAGGAAGCAGCAGCGGAACUGGCACACUGACGAGCCCGUAUGCAUCUAUCCAGUCCGCGGUCGACAAGGCCGUAGCAGGGGAUAUCAUCUCCCUUCGUGGUGGCACGUACAAGCCCACUAAGAACAUCUCGAUCAAGAAGAGUGGAACGCCUGGGGCCUACUACACACUGACCGCAUACGGAGAUGAGUCGGUAAUCAUCGACGGCGAAGCGUUGACAGGCACACCGGCUGAAGUUGGUGGAUCACUGGACCGGCCCGACCGCGGCGUCCUCCACUUCGAGGGCACCAGCUACUGGAACGUGUCGAAGAUCACGCUGAUAAACGGUCCCUAUGGAGUGUAUCUCCAGGACGGUAACAACAACAUCUUUGAUCGCAUCGUCACACAUGACAACUAUGAGACUGGGUUCCAGAUGCAGGGAAGCAUCAGCAACAACCAGAUCUUGUAUCUGGACUCGUACAUGAACCGCGAUCCACGCAAGAAUGGAGAGAGCGCAGAUGGCUUCGCGUGCAAGGAAGGGAGCGGCACGGGUAAUGUCUUGAAGGGGGCUCGUCUCUGGAACAACGUUGAUGACGGUCUUGACCUCUGGGAAUUCGCAUCUCCAGUCACAAUUCAGGACACGAUCUCAUGGGGCAACGGAUUCAACCGGUGGGACUUCAGCCCUUUCGAGGGCGACGGCAACGGGUUCAAGCUGGGCGGCGGUAGCACGACCAAGGCCAACCACGUCGUGACCAACAGUAUCGCAUUCAGCAACUUCGCCAAGGGCUUCACGGACAACAAGCAGCCGGGCGCCUUCACCUUCACGCGUAACACGGCCUACAAAAAUGGCGGCGUCGGCUUCCAGCUGACGGGUGCCACCGAUGUUACAGGCACCUUCACGAAGAACGUCGCAGCCCUCAACUCGGGCGGCAGCACCACCCAGGCCGACCAGAUCAGCCUCAAGUCCGCCACCUCCAGUGGCAACUCGUGGGACAGCAGCACCAAGUGGACCGACGCCAGCUUCAAGAGCGUGGACGUCACUCUCGUUCAGGGCAAGAGGGGGUCGAAUGGAAAGGUCCCAGCCAGCAACUUCUUGCUCCCAGCUUCCGGUGCGGCGAUUGGCGCUACAAUUGCCUGA